AUGAGCAGAGUUGGGACGGACCCAGUGGAUAACCGGAACAACGCAUCCGAGAGCGUUGGCGGUUCCGUGUCUCUGUUGGACUCCUCAUCGUAUUCCACACCGACGGAUAAAUCCAAUUCGGGUGUUUCUGUAUCCACGUCCACGGAUGGGAAACGAAAGCAGACCGUCGGAACCGAUCCCGACAACGGUCAUCACAGCCGCACUUCAUCUACAGAUCGCGCGACUGCCGAGGUGGCUCCAGCCGAUCCGUUUGUCGCCGAACAGUCGCCAGAAUCGGCUAUGCACAUUCCCGUACUGGAUCAUCCAGUCCUAUCGGGAGACACAUUAUGUGCCACUCCAGUGGCCAAACAACAAGCUGCAAAGCCAACAUUGAACAACAUCCCGCUUCGUUCCGAUUCGAGUCUAAGUUCCGAGCCAUGGAGAUCAGAUGAAAGCAUAGUCGCCGAACAGAUCGAACGUAAAGUUGCCCAAUGCACAUGUUGUACACGUUUACAUUUGCAACACCUCGAAGAGGGACGCUAUCGUCUGGGGACACGGGUCUAUUACUUCCGACGGUUCCGAAGUCACGUUAUGGUUCGAGUUGGUGGUGGUUGGCUCACAUUAGACGCAUUCCUCGAACGACACGAUCCAUGCCGUCGGGGAAAAUCUGACAAUCGUUCCCAUUACGUGAUCCCCACUGCGGAUACUGGCUCUUCCGAUGUGUCCCUGGAACCGUCACCUGAGAAGUUGACCAGUCAACUCCCACCAAUUAAACCAGCCAUGCCUCUUGGGGGUUCUAUGGUUGAUUUACGCCGACGUUGGUCUAAGCAUAGCACUAGUAGCAACGAGAGUGCAAAUAGCCAGACUAGCGUUCGAAGCACAAACCUGAUCGUGACCAAUAAGACAGAUAGUAACCUUGAAACCAAGGUUCCUAGUCAGACUCGUCGUUCGCGCUCUCCGAAUCCGCCACGCACCCGAACUCCAACCGGAACAACUCAACGAAAAACAACGGUACCUACCAAUCGUGGUCAUACGGCUACGCCGGUUUCCUCUGCAAAUGCCAAUAAGAACGAUAUCAAUAAGAACAAAGUGCGAGAUCCUGUUCGAUCCCGCGAAUCUUCCCUUGGAAGUCGUCGUGUCACACCCUCGCCUAAUGCCCGUGGUUCACGUGCUUCAUCCAAAGACUCCAAGCCCACCAGAUGGCGUUGA